CGUAGGGGGAGGGGGAGGUUCCGAGACUAGCAGCAAUGCUCCAAUACAGCUUUCUUAGUCUGUUACGCCUGGCGGCAGUCGCUAGGGUACAUCCCACUGGGACCAGUCUGCAGUUGGUGCGUGAACAGUAUGGAGGCCAACCUGUCUGGCUUUAACAUUGAUGCCCCCCGCUGGGAUCAGUGCACUUUCCUGGGGCGUGUGAAGCACUUUUUUAACAUCACGGAUCCUCGCACUGUCUUUGCAUCUGAGCGGGAGCUGGACUGGGCCAAGGAGGUGGUGGAGAAGAGCAGGAUGGGACUUGUGCCCCCUGGCACUCAGGUGGAGCAGCUGCUGUAUGCUAAGAAGCUAUAUGACUCGGCCUUCCACCCUGACACUGGGGAGAAGAUGAACGUCAUUGGCCGGAUGUCCUUCCAGGUCCCCGGGGGCAUGCUCAUCACAGGCUUCAUGCUCCAGUUCUACAGGACAAUGCCUGCGGUGAUCUUCUGGCAGUGGGUGAACCAGUCCUUCAAUGCCCUAGUCAACUACACCAACAGGAACGCUGCCUCUCCCACAUCAGUCAGGCAGAUGGCCCUUUCCUACUUCACAGCUACUACCACUGCCGUGGCCACUGCAGUGGGCAUGAACAUGUGGACAAAGAGAGCUCCACCCUUGGUGGGCCGAUGGGUGCCCUUUGCCGCUGUGGCUGCCGCGAACUGUGUCAAUAUCCCUAUGAUGCGACAGCAGGAACUCAUCCAGGGCAUCUGUGUGAAGGACAGCAACCAAAACGAGCUUGGCCAUUCUCAGAGAGCUGCGGCUGUGGGCAUUACCCAAGUGGUUAUUUCUCGGAUCACCAUGGCAGCCCCUGGCAUGAUCUUGUUACCGGUCAUUAUGGAGAGGCUGGAGACCCUGCAUCUGAUGAAGAAAGUGAAGGUGCUGCAUGCCCCGCUGCAGGUGGUGUUGUGCGGGUGCUUCCUCCUCUUCAUGGUACCAGUGGCAUGUGGUCUCUUCCCUCAGGAAUGCGAAUUGCCAGUUUCCUUUCUAGAACCAGAGCUACAGGACAGCAUCAAGGCCAAGUUUGGAGAACAAGUGCUUUUUGCCUACUUCAAUAAGGGUCUCUAAGCGCUCCAUGCCUGCAAGGACCAAUCAUGAGGGACCAGAUUUUUUUCUGUCAGCUGUGCAUACCCGUACAUUCCUCUUUGCAAUAAGAUCUGAGCCAGGCUCGAUUGGGAAAUGGAGUAGGUGGGUAGGGAGGCGGCUCCCGUUUCUAUAUAAGCACGUAAUUUACUCGACUCCAGUGGACAAAAAUUCAAAAGGGGACCAAGGUGGUUGGGGAUGUAG